GCAUAGAUGAUUCGUUAAAAGAUAUAGAUACACACACAUAUUAUAUUAUAUACACACACGCACAUACACAGGUUUAUACAUUUAUAAUUCGUUCUUUUGGUCCAAUCACAAUUCCCCAGAUCUUAUCAAGCGGACGUCGUAUAACCUUUCCUGCAUUUAAUGUUCUUGCAACAUAACUGAAUCUGAACUGUUUCCAACGGAAUAAAAUAAUUAAGACGCAAUCGACGGUAUAUUAAUGGCAGUUAUGACCUCCUUAAAAUGAUAUGUCCCUUCACAAUUACUGUAAACCUAUCUGAUUAAUGGAAAAUUCAUUUCUGUAUUUCAUGUUGUACAGGUUACUGACAUAAGUGACCUUUAUGGCAUGCGCUCGGGAAUUGUACAGUAAACCGUCGAUGACUUUGCCACUCCAGUGUCUGUUAGAUUCAGGUGCAGGAAUUGUUUUACAGCCAACAUUAACAUUUCAUUUUGAAAUGAUUGAUAUUUUGUUAUAAUAAAUGAUGAAUACAGAUUUAUUAAUGGCCAAUGUGUAUUCAUUCAUUUUGCAGACGCGCUUGUCCUGUGCGGGGUUGUGGGGGUCGGGGAGUAACCCUGGGGAGGACACCAGCCCAUCACAGAGUGCUCACACUCACUCUCACUCUCACUCUCAAACCUACGGACAAUUUGGCAACUCCAGCUCACCAGACCAAGUGUUUGGACUGCAGGAAAUACCAGAGAAACCACACAUUUGGCCAGGGUGGUGACUCAAAGCCUUUACGUUCCCCACAGCGUGUGUGACUGAGUGAAAUGUGAUGGACCUGCAUCACUGAUGUACCCCAGCCUUCGGAUGUUGUACCCCAUACUGCCUGGGGUGGGCUCCAUCCUCCCCCCCCAACCCUCUUCAGAAUAAGUGGUUAGAAGACAGGUAGAUUGUUAACAGCAUAUACACUUUCAGACCACCUUCCUGAUAGCUGAAAUUGAUAUGGAGCAUAUUUGAGAAGGAUAGAUGAGAUAUGUAUGUGUCUUUUUUUUAAAAAAAAUCUGGUAGAGUUUCUCUCGUUCUCUCCAUUAACUAAAUGAAGGGCUUUGGAUUAUGGCUUUCUCCUCUUGUUUCAUGGCCCUGUAUAAAUGGGAAAUCUGUAAUUUAUCUGCUAAAUACAACAAAUACAAUUACAAAUUUCCAGUGAAUAAUUUUCCAUGAGUUAGACUAACCAUCAUAUUUUACUUCACCAAGGACUAGGGCACCCAGUUAUUUUCUAUAUAUAGUAAAAUAUAAUAUUCACGACUCAUUGUGCAAAGACAUGAAUAGCUCUAGCAAGUGUUAAACAUUUAGAUGAGGGAAUUACUGAUUGUACAGGUACAUACAGGUACAGGUAUUUUCCUCCCCAUAAGACGGCAAUACAAUCUGGAAAUGAAAAGCACCCUAAUAUCAGGGAUUCUUUGGAAAACAAAAAUUCCCAAAUUAAUGUACAUGUUCUCAUUUGGAUAUUGCAUACAAAGCAUGAUCUGGUACAGAGUUAGAUGAAUGUACUGGGUUAUCUUUAAACAUUCAAGAUGACAAAGGAGCAAGUAAAUAUACUGAUAUCAUAUCUGAUGCAUCACACGUGAUAAUUGCUUUUAGUUGGCAAAAACUGCGGUGUUUCCACAUUACAAUAAUUCUAUAAUCUUGUAUUACGUAUAAUCAAAUAAAAAAAAAUAAAAAAAAAUUUUUGGAAACAGUUUUCAAAAGUUAUCUAAUUUUGCAUAAAGCAACAAUGCUGGAUGUCUUAAUAUCUACUGAAACAGCUCUUCUACUACUGGUGACUGAAGAUUUCUUCCCCUCUGUAAAAAACAAUUCCUUUAUGAGCUAUUAGUCUAGUUUCACGGAAUUGUCCUCCAAAUGUAAUGUAAAUAAUAUUCAGAUAUCGAUUCCAGAUGUUGCACGCAGUUGCUCUGCUGUGUUACCAUCGCCUUCAAAGCGGGUUACCUCCACAAUAGGCGUGGUCGUGCUAAUACUGGGUAAUACAGUAGCUAGGCGCGCAGAUGUAGCAGAGCAGACAUUACAAAAAGCAGUCAACGUAGGCCUUUAAAAAAAAAAACAAAAAACAAAAUCCAUGUGAAGAAAAUUCUUCCAGUUCCGGAAAACUGCAAAUCGUCAAUAACUCCUACGACCGCAACACCAGCGUUUAUUCCUAUAUUUGCUUAUCGCCCCCAAUUAAAACGCGGUCGGAAUGGCUUACAAAUAAUAAUCCAUAAACAGAUGUCAGUAUUUUUAUUGUGCGUAACAUUUUGAAGCGACACAUCCCCGAAUCCAGCAGGAAUGUCGGGACUGUGCGAUUUAAAAAUAGCAUCAUCUUCUUUCCUGACAGCCUGCUCCAGUAACUCUUUCGCAAACAGCAGCGCUGCGGGGACAGAAGCAGGAAUGCGAAGAUGGCUGCAGAUCUAGGAGAGCUACUGGUUCCCUACAUGCCCACCAUCAGGGUCCCCAGGACUGGAGAUCGGGUUUUCAAGAGUGAAUGUGCCUUUUCCUACGAUUCCCCUGAGUCUGAUGGGGGCCUCUACGUGUGCAUGAACACAUUCUUGGGUUUUGGCAGAGAGCAUGUGGAGAGGCACUACCGCAAAACUGGGCAGAGUGUUUACAUGCAUCUGAAACGGACCGUUAAGAAGAAAGCCACAGGUGCUGCUGGAGGUGCUGUGCCGAGGAGGAGAAAUGGGAAGACAUUCCUUGAUCUAGAACUUCACCAGAAUUAUAACGCCGAUGAUUAUGAAUACGAAGACGAAGCACAGCUUGUAAUAUUCCCAGACCACUUCGAGAUCCCCUUACCGAAUAUUGAGGAGUUGCCUGCACUGGUGACAAUAGCCUGCGAUGCUGUGCUCAACGCUCCCUGCGGAUUCCGAAAACAGGAACAAGACUCCUGGGAGGAGGAGGUCCAGGUGUCGAAGCACGCUAGGAGCCUCCGCCAGCUGGACAACGGGGUUCGAAUCCCACCAAGUGGCUGGAAGUGUACCAAAUGCGAGAUGAGGGAGAACCUGUGGCUGAACCUUACAGAUGGGUCAGUGCUUUGUGGGAAGUGGUUCUUUGAUGGUAAUGGUGGUAAUGGACACGCCCUGGAACACUACAGAGAAACCAGCUUCCCCUUGGCAGUCAAACUGGGCACAAUAACUCCAGAUGGAGCAGAUAUUUAUUCUUUUGAUGAAGAAGAGGCUGUCUUAGAUCCACACAUCUCCGACCAUUUAGCACAUUUUGGAAUUGAUAUGUUACAAAUGCAAAAGACGGAGAACGGUCACGUGGACAACCAGGUGAGACCACGCGUGACUGAGUGGGAGGUGAUCCAGGAGUCGGGCUCUAAGCUCAAAGCCGUCUACGGCCCUGGUUACACUGGGGUCAGAAACUUGGGCAACAGCUGCUAUCUAGGAACCACUAUGCAAGUCCUCUUCAGCAUCCCAGAAUUCCAGAGAGCGUACGUGGGAAACCUUCAGAGGAUAUAUGAUUACUCACCGCUUGAUCCCACGCAGGACUUCAGCACACAGAUGGCAAAGUUGGGACACGGUUUGCUUUCAGGCCAAUACUCGAAGCCUCCAGUGAAAUCCGAACUCAUUGAACAGCACCAACAGAAAGGAAUCUGUCCACGCAUGUUCAAGGCUUUAGUCAGUAAAGGCCACCCCGAAUUCUCCUCCAACAGACAGCAAGAUGCCCAUGAGUUCCUGCUCCACAUAAUCAACCUAGUAGAGAGGAACAGCGCUGGCUCAGAGAACCCCAGCGACGUGUUCCGCUUCCUGGUGGAGGAGAGGACCCAGUGCUGCCAGUCCCGGAAGGUGCGCUACACCCAGAGGGUAGACUACGUCAUGCAGCUGCCGGCCCCUGUGGAGGCCGCCACUAAUAGAGAGGAGCUGAUUGCGUACGAAGCCAAGCGGCAGGAAGCGCAGGAGAAGAUGACAGCUUCUCCGGAGCCGGUGAGGGCCAGAGUCCCCUUCACAGCGUGCCUGCAGGCGUUCUCCGAGCCUGAGAACGUGCUGGACUUCUGGAGCUCCGCCCUGCAAGCCAAGUCGGCCGGAGUGAAGACGUCCCGUUUCGUGUCAUUCCCUGAGUAUCUGGUUCUGCAGAUCAAGAAGUUCACAUUUGGGCUUGACUGGGUGCCCAAGAAAAUUGAUCUCUCCAUAGACAUGCCAGACUUCCUAGAUCUGACUCGCCUUCGUGCCACAGGACUGCAAGCAGGAGAAGAGGAGCUUCCUGAUCUCAUGCCGCCCAUCGUCCUUCCUGAAGACACUCGAGAUAGUUCAAUGACAGAUUCUCCAGAAAUAGAUGAGUCUGCCGUGAUGCAGCUGGCGGAGAUGGGCUUCCCACAGGAGGCCUGUCGGAAAGCCGUGUAUUACACAGGAAAUAUGGGAGCAGAGAUGGCCUUCAACUGGAUUAUCGCCCACAUGGAGGAGCCCGACUUUGCAGAGCCGUUAGUAGCGCCCUCCCUCUCGGAUUCGGGCCCUUCCAGUGCAAGUCAGGCUCCCUCCACGGACAGCCAGCCCCCCGAGGAGAGUGUGGCCAUCCUGACCUCCAUGGGCUUUCCCAGAAGCCAGGCUGUCCAAGCCCUCAAAGCCACCAACAACAAUCUAGAGCGAGCUCUGGACUGGAUCUUCACGCACCCUGACAACGAGGAGGACAGCGGGUCUGCGUCUGACAUGGCCGAGACAGAACCGAACGACAACGCCUUCUCCAGCGCCAACGCACACAGCGACUCCACGCUGUCCCCUGAUCAGGAUCCGGCUGGGCCCAGGAUCAAAGACGGACCGGGCCGAUAUGAACUUUUCGCUUUUAUAAGUCACAUGGGAACCUCUACAAUGUCUGGGCAUUACGUAUGUCACAUUAAGAAGGAGGGAAGGUGGGUGAUAUACAACGACCACAAAGUCUGUCUGUCAGAAAGACCUCCAAAGGACAUGGCCUAUAUGUACUUCUACCAUCGGCUGUCUAGAAGCUAGAUCAAAUUUGCACGCAGUAACCUCAAAAAAGUGCUACCGACUUCUACUCCAAAAGAGCAAUGAAAAUGUCAAAACCAAACCAGCAAGGAGAAGGACUUGUGGACACGAGGGGCUGAUGUCAAACGCUGCCGAACAUACAUGGUGAAAGGAGAAAGUAUGGUGCCCAUCCUUUUGUUCAUUGGUUUCUUUUUUUUUUGCUAAUAGUGACAGUUACUGAAAUGGUAACCCAAAUUAUACAGCAUUACAUAUCUUGUAUACCUUCAAAUCUAUAGGACAGAUAUUUUCAUGCUUGAAGAUAUGACUAAUUUUGAGUGCAGCAGUUUAACGAUCCAGCUCUUGAGGAAGUGCAUUCUCUGUACUUGCCAGAAUAAGUUAUUCUUUUUGAACACUAGUGGGCAGUAGAGCUGGAAGUAGGGAUGCUGAAAGUCGGAUUCAUCAAUGGAGUAAAAAAAGGUUUAUAUUAAUCUCACAGUUGCUCGUAUUCCUCUGAAACGACUGCUACUGUUAGCUGUCGAUACAAAACCACUGUUCUUUCAACACCCUUAGCUCAAAACAUCUUCCUGCACCUUCGCUAGUGGGAACCAUGUAUAUUUAGCAAGCUGGCCAGGGGGGGUCUUCAGGCUGCUAGAAAGACAUGAAAAAACAGACAAAUUCAAAAAAAUUGAAUUUUUCAAUUUUCAAUAAAUUUUACUGUGGGUCAGAGGUGGAGGUUUCAGGUCCAGAGAGUACAAGUCCAGACCAAGAUUUUGCUUCAACCAACCAGUUGUGUAUAAAGAGUCACAGUCAGAGUACUUAACUGGUUGGUUGAAACAAAAUCCUGGUCUGGAUUUGUACUCUCUGGACCUGAAACCCCCACCUCUGCUGGGGGUGUAUCACAUCAACUGGGCAUAACAAUUCCGUGUGCUGGUCUUUCACUUUCCCACGUCCCCGUGUCUGCUGUUUGGCUUUCAUUCAGAUUAUCUGCAUCAUUCAUUCGGAUGCAUUUCUUGAACUGGUUUCAAAGGUAUGUUUGUUUUACAUCUAAGCAGUUUUGUUCAAACCAAAACAUUCAGUUUUGUUUGCAGUAUUGUUGCACACAGCUGCUCGGUUAUUUGUAAUGAAAAAUGGAUGCUUUAAAACCAACAUUUUGAUAAUAGAUUCAUCUCAUUUUUGAAAUUCUAUUAAAAAAAUUAUAAAAAAUUACAUUAUCAUUAAUUUAUCAUUAAGGACAAUUGGCAAAAUUAUUUUACCUAAGUGCAUGUUAUACAAAAAUAUAAACUUAAAACACACACACACACACUAUUUUCUGUGGAUGAAGUCCUAAAUAUUAAUAACCGCAGUAUUAUCUUAAACACCUAAACAAAAUGAUUCUUGCGUUUUGUUCCGUUCUCAAACUUUAUCCACCAAUAAAUCAGUUAAUAACAAAGAGAUAGCAAGCAGUAUCAUUUUCAAAGGGUGAAUUACGCCAACAUUUACCAGUUUUUUUUUUUUUUUAAAAAGCUCAUUUUUGCAGAGGAUAGAUGGCUUCCCUUUGAAUGAGGCAGCCACAUGCCUAUCUGUCAUUAUGAUGGCCGUACAGUGGAAUGCAGUGGAAUGCAGUGCUAUAAGUGCAAUCCCACUUGUUCGCUAUACAAGUUAUUUUGCUGGUCACAGUUCUCUGAAUACAUAACCUGUAAUUGAUAGACUAAUAUUUGAAGUAACUGCACAUCUUUUCAGAGUUUAAUACUACAUUGAUGCAUAUUCUCCAAAAGCCUUUAAAAUGAAACCGUUACCAUACAAAAAUGAGCAGUGUGUUGUUAAUUACUAUAGCAAUAUAUGCCACGACAAGAGGAGGACUUUUGUUCUUCUCACAAAUAUGCAGUUCAUUACUCAAACUGAGGCUUUAUCUAUGUACAGAUUCAAUCUGUAAGAGACAUAUCCACUGAAUGUAAUGCUUUUGGUGCUCAUUGUUAUAAGACAUUUCUGGACAGUUUACUCUCAAAGGAAAUCCUGAAGCUAUUUAUUGUGCUUACCAUGUUAAGUUUACCUAAUUCAUCUCAUACAUGUAUAUAUUUCAUUUUGCACAAUAUAUUUGGCACGACUGACUUUGUUAAAGCAAAUGGAUUUUGUGGCCAUGUUUAUUUUAUAUAAUUGUGCAUAAGCACUGUCCCUAGUUCUUACCAAAUUAGAUGUGGAAAUUUGCACUGUUUUUUUUCCUUCUUUUUUCCCCCAGAGGGACAAAGUAAAUAAGGUCCUGGAAAUCUGAUGGGGUUAGGAACUUCUGUGAUGUCAUUAUUCUGGCCUCUCGAAUUUUGAAUGUCAUAUGUGAACAGCAAUCUUAGGCUAAAGCGUAAUUCACGUAUGAGCAAUAUAUUCUACCUUUAAUUCAUGACAUUGGUUUUUAUGGCAGAUUCAUAUAGGUGCCCCUUUUGACAACGGCUGCCUUCAUGUUUAUUUUGGCCCACGUGCACAAACACACCCCUUUUCUGUUUUACAGAAUGAUCUUUUCUGUUUGUGUUCUCUACUGUAAUGUUUUUAUCUGCAGCGAUCUUGACGUGUUUCUGCCGAUUUGGUUAUUUAACUGAAGCUUGGUGUAAUGUGCCACUUGCUGCCUAUUUCAUUUCAUUUCAACGUAUUUUUUUCCAAACGUGACUAUGCCAAAUAUUUUUUUUAACCAUUGUCAACAGUCUGCUUGUGACAAGCUGAUGGAAAUUAGUUUGUUUCAGUGUUGAAAAGUUAGGCGUAUUAAUUGAGAGUGUGUAUGUUGAAAGAAAAUCAGACCAUUGGUGCUGCUUACUUGCGAUAUCAGGAUGGUUCAAUAAACUGCAAACUGUUGACAUUA